CUCUUGCUAAACCCUUUAGGGGGCUGAGAUUCUGCGAGGUCUGCAGAGCCAAACCAAUCACUGCAGGGUGACACUGAGCAGGUCAGAACAAGCAGCAUGAUAUGUCAGACAUGGUAGGGAAUACCUCUGGGAUAACACUGACCAAAUGAUUAGAAGAUAUUCCGGAUCUCCAUCCACUUCUGUGAUCUGCAUGCAGAGCAUUGCGCAGUGGCAGGCGCUGAGCGGUUAAGUACUAUACUGUUGGUAUAGAGUGUGACGGAGCUUUAUUGGAGGCACUGGCUGGAGAAAUCCGACACUCACUGUUGCAUUCGGUAAAGAAACACAAUUAGAAAUUCCAAGAAAAAUGAUGCAACCCACUCUUUUGCAGCGAUCACUCUCUAUGAUCCUCAUCCUUCAGCUCAUCAUGCUGCCGUUUGGAGCCAAUGCUUCUGAAAAAUUGGUAGAAGAUCUUUUCCAUUACAUUGACACACACCAAGAUGAUUUCGUUCAGAAUCUUAAAGACUGGUUGGCUGUUCCUAGUGAUUCCAGUGAUCCACAAUUACGUGAAGAAUUAAUUAGAAUGGUCCAAAUGACUGCUGAAAGGAUUCGCACUUUAGGGGCGGCUGUGCAGCUAGUAGACAUGGGAUUUGAGACUCUUCAUGGUGGACAAACAAUCCAGUUUCCUCCAGCAAUUCUGGCUGAGUUGGGAAAUGACACCAAUAAGGCAACUGUUUGUUUUUACGGACAUGUGGACGUUCAGCCUGCAAAGAAGGCAGAUGGAUGGAAGACUGAUCCUUACACUUUGACUGAAGUUAAUGGAAACUUGUAUGGACGAGGAGCAACAGACAACAAAGGCCCUGUUCUAGCCUGGAUACAUGCUAUAGACUCAUAUAUAGCCCUGAAAAAGGAUAUCCCUGUAAAUUUGAAGUUCAUCAUAGAAGGAGUAGAGGAAACAGGUUCUCCUGGUUUAGAGGAGCUACUUAAAGGAAAUGAGGCGUUCUUUUCAGAUGUCGACUAUAUCGUUAUUUCUGAUAAUGUAUGGCUUAGCCGGAAACCUGCACUUACAUAUGGAACAAGAGGAAAUGCAUAUUUCUUUGUGGAGGUGGAAAGUGGAAAGAAGGAUUUACAUUCCGGGACUUUUGGAGGCAUUAUCCAUGAAUCAAUGAGAGACAUGGUAAAUCUUUUAGCCAGCCUUGUAGAUACAUCUGGACACAUCCUUGUCCCUGGGAUUUAUGAUGAUGUUGCCCCAUUAACCGAAGAAGAGAAUAAACUGUAUGAAAGUAUAGAUUUUGAUCUUGAAGAACACAAAAACAACACAGAAGUAAACACAUUUUUAUACAACACUAAGGAAGAGAUUCUACAGCACAUGUGGAGAUACCCCAGCCUUUCCAUCCAUGGAAUUGAAGGAGCAUUUGAUGGAAUUGGGACCAAAACUGUCAUACCUUCAAAAGUUAUUGGAAAGUUUUCAAUUCGACAAGUUCCAAAUAUGCAUAUUCCCGUAGUAGAAAAGCUGGUGAAGAAGCAUCUGGAAGAUGUAUUUGCUAAAUUAAAAAGCCCUAACAAGCUUACAGUGUCAUUGGAAAUUGGAGCAAUGCCAUGGGUGGCGAAUGUGGAUGAUCUUCAGUAUGAAGCAGCUAAAAUUGCAAUAAGAAAAGUGUUUGGUGUUACACCAGAUAUGAUCAGAGAUGGCUCAACUAUUCCACUGGCACGAAUCUUUCAAGAUCUGACUAAAAAGAAAGUAAUGAUGCUUCCUAUCGGCGGUGCAGAUGAUGGAGAACACUCACAAAAUGAAAAAAUAAGCAGAACUAAUUAUAUACAGGGGACCAAAUUAUUUGCAUCAUUUUUCUUGGAAUUGUCAAAACUUCAUGAAGAUUUAAAGACAAAAUCAAGUCCCAAGAAAGAAAAAAUUUCUCAGCUUAUUGGGAGCUGAUGAUAAGAAAUCUAAGCCUACGAUGCAGACAAGUCACUGUCCCUGUUAGCAGUGGCUUCCCAACAUUGUCCAAACAAUCUUCAGUAAUUUUUUUUUUUUACAGAGGAGAAAUGAUUACUGUUAGUUAUCAUCACAUAUAUAUGUACUAAUGCUAACUAAGUACUAAAUGAUUUAUAAAAAACAACUUUGCUUCCAUAUGGUCAUAACUUUUAUUCUUUGAUAUUUUGUAUUCAUGCCUUCUGUCAAUAUAUGAAUUUUUUACAAACCAAUAUUGUCUGCAGAGAUUUCUAUGUUACUUUUAGAAACCAAAGAUCUGUACUAAUAAUAAAAAUGAAUAAAGGGAAAGUUUACUUCAAGAAAAACUAGCAAAUAGACCAAGACAAUUGAUGAACCACCUAUACCCAAGGUGAAAAACGAAGGACAAUCAAUUGAUUAUAUAUAACCAGUGUGCAAGGUCAGAUGGAUAUAAGACAUAUAUCAGAUAAAUUCCAAUAAAAUUAUGAAAUAACAUAUAACAAACAUAUAGUGCAAAUAUAAAAUGUUUAAUAAUCACAUCACAUUUUAUGCAUGAGACCCAUCAGGCCGGAGGAAGCACACUUAGUGUGCGAAACAGGAGCUCGGUCGCAUAUCACUAUCCCCCCACCACCCUCUCCCUUUGUCAUAUUUAUGUGAGUAUGCUUCAAUAAAGAAGAUCAUACCAGCUGAAAUGGUGAGUUGCCGAUUUCUUUCUCUUUUCUUAGAAUAUCAUAUAUAUUUUAUUAUUGCUACUUUUUCUCCACACAAGGGCCCUGUAUAAGGAGUUAUUGCCUAUAUAUUUUGCUAUGAUUGUCACG